UGCCAAAACUGCUCUGUCUUUGUAAUUAGUGCUGAGAAAUUCAAACCUUAAAUCUGCAACGGUCGAGUCGAUAAACCAAUAUUGUGAUCACUCUGAUCCAAAGUGUUUCAAUGGCAACCAACGAUUCAACGAUGGAGUUUCACGAAAUCAGCAGCGAAACUGAAGAAGGAUCCAACCUCAGUUCAGAAUAUGACGACGAUUCAGAACAAGAUCCUGAUUACGACAUGCUCGAAGAAACCCAUCGUAGCUUCUCCAAUCUCUCACUCAGAAACAAGGCAAAAAAGCGCAUAGUUGAAGAUAAGGGUCUGGCUACUACUGAGAUAAACUCAGAAGGGAUAGAGAUUACUGCAUCAUCUCUAGAUGAUGAAAAUUCUGAAACAGUUCAGAAAAUAAUAAAGGCGGGUCUGCUAGAGAAGUUGAAAGUGGAUGAAUGCAAGAUGUAUUUGAAGAAGAAUGGUCUGAGGCUAACAGGGAAUAAGGACACACUUAUCCAGCGUAUAAAGGAGCAUCUAGAGAUUAUAAAUGGUGGAGGGGAGAAAAAGUACCCACCUCAGAGCUUUGUGUUGAAUUGUAAAGGUGAUGCAUGCACUGGUGAUGUUGUUUUGUUUGAGCAAAAUGUUUAUGAAAUGUUCAACAUAGCAUCCAGGAGUGCGAGCGGUCCACCGUGCGGCAAAAGGAUUGUUGCAGGCCGCAUAGUGAAAGAAAGCUAUGGUGCUGCUAAACAACAGCAUACAUUUACGAUUGAAGUGCUAUGGAGCAAGGGAGAAAAGCCUCUCCCUCCCCUUCACCCCCUACUGAUUAAGGGUCGAAACCUUUAUAGGUUGAAGACUUUGAGACAGAAAUGGGAGGAUGAAGGGAAAAGGCAGAAAAUGUUAAUGGAAAAACACUCUAGGGGAGACGUUGCUAGGGCAGAUAGGGAAGCAAGAAUACAAGAAAAGGAGAGGAGAAAAACCAUGAAGGAAAAUAGGAUCUCCAAAAAGGAUUCAGCAAAGAACCAAUCCCAAUCACAUUCAUGCAUUGCUGCAACAAGGUCACAAAAGCAACCUCAAGAAACAACAAAAGCAUUCAUUAAUCUAGAAAAGCCACAAUUUCCAUCUCAACACUCAGUUUCAUCUGCGAAUACAAGCAUAGCAACACCUGCAAUUGUAAAUAAACCAGCAGCUGUAACUGAACAGCGCAGCCGACCUAUUGAUUCUCGAACUGUUGCAAUGGGAUCCGACCAGUUCAGAAAUUCAGGACAAUCAUCUUUUAAUGCAAACUACUAUAGUACUGACUACCAUUGCAGAGACAAACCAACUACUUUUGUUAAGACAAACAAUUUUACAGAGAGAAGCUAUCAAAGGAAGCCUUUGGCAAGUACGAAUCAAUUGCAUUCGCAUGUUGCAAAUGCGGAUCACGUGCAUAUGUCGAUCCCUAAGAGAGAAAGCUAUCAGCAAAAACAGCCGUGUAGACAUUUUGCCCGGGGAAGAUGCUAUUUUGGAGAUAACUGCAAAUUCUUGCAUGAUUUGGGACAAAGGGAAUGCAUGAACUGAAAAGUUUGUAAUGACAUAAUUUCAUACUUUUUUUUGGUAUUGAAGUUAAAAUUUUGAUCUAUUAAUAACACAUGUUAUUAUGAUA